AUGACCACCAUGCGGCCACUUCCCACAAUGCUCGCUCGCUCACGUUCCCAUCCACAAGCGUGUCUGCCCGUCUCACCUUUCGCGAUCCGCAGCCUGCCAACCGUCCUCCUCUGCUUGAUCGCUGCUCUCCCACGUCCCGGAACCGCAUCCGCAAACGCCAUCGACGAUAGCUGGUACAGCCGUAAUGUUCGCUCCGAUCCAAACCUCUCCGCAGUACCGAACGCCGUCACGCCGGCCGCCGCGCAAUCGUCCAUGGACGCAUGCUUAGCCAGAACCGCACCCUUUGUCAACGAGUCGACCUAUCAGCGACCGCCGUUCCCGACGCUUUGUCCAUCCCAGGGGCUUUUUGAAGUGUGCUACGUGAAAGGGCCCAUAGCCUUCAACAUUACUCCUACGUUCAUCGGCACCAGAUGGAAAGGAUGGGGGACAUCACUUGCGUGGUUCGGGAACUACAUUGGCGGACUGCCUGAGAAGCGCCUCAACACUCUCAUAGACCUGAUUUUCAAAAAAGACGGGCUCAACUUCAACAUCGUCCGUUACAACAUCGGAGGGGGUUUCAACGCGCGUUUCAGUCCCCAGUUCCUCACCGGAACAGCUACGGACUGGCGGGGUAUACCAGGAUUCAGACCCACACAAGCUGGAACCUACAACUGGCAAGCAGACAGGCGUCAGAAAGCCGUUCUUAGGGGGGCACGGAGUCGCGGAGCAAAUAUCUUCGAAGCUUUCUCCAACAGCCCUCCCUGGUGGAUGACUUACACGCGUGACGUGGCAGGAGCCACAAAUGCAAACCACACCAACUUGCGGCCGGAGCACGAGACGUCCUUUGCGAACUACUUAGCGGACGUCGUGCACCGAUUUGCCAAAGAUCCGAAGUGGAACCUAACGUUUGAUACUGUGGACCCUUUUAACGAGCCGCUGGAAGGGUUUUGGAAGACAGGAGCUGCGCAUGAAGGAUGCAGCUUCCAACCUCCUGAAAUGGGACGCGUGAUCCAGAAAACCACCAUGGCUCUUAAAUCGAGGGGGCUUAGAACGAAGCUGGCUGGAGUUGACAGCUGGUCUUAUCACACGACCGAGAAUCUUCCCAAAGUAGCUGGGAGAAUGUUGCUCCAGCGAAUCAACAUUCAUUCUUAUCUCGGGACACCUCCUGACGGUGUAUCUCACCCUCGCUGGACAAACCUACGAUACGCUCGGAUGCGGGACAUGGCUAAGAGGAUGAAGAAGGAGGUUUGGGUGUCAGAAGGCGGGCCAAUCGGAUUCGGGGGACAUCCGUUUGACGUAACGCUUUAUGUGGCUCGGCAAGUCAUUGAAAGCAUCAACAUUCUCGAGGCCUCAGCGUAUGUGUACUGGCAAGCCGUCGAUCCACACCCUGGAUGGACGUUGAUCAAGAUCCCUUGGGAGUAUCCGCUGCGAAAGGCAGUUUCCGAAUUGCAAGAUCAGGGGAUUGUGGUGGCGAAGCGUUAUUGGGUGUUCAAGCAAUUCUCGAAAUUUGCACCGCAGGGGAGCAGGCCGCUGAAAGUCCCGUUCUCGUGCUGGCAUUCUGUCGCUGCUUUCUACAACGAAAAGUACAUGUUCGUCAGCGUGUUUUUCGUCAACCAGAAGGCGAAUAAAGUGAAGCUGAGCUUCGGAUUGGACGGGUUCAGGACAAAUGUUGGGAAUCCAACGAGGGUGGUUGCGCAUAGGACGACUUGGCAAGACUCGUACGCUGAAGCGCUUAUAUCGAAAGGUAAGUCUUCUGUUACAGUGACUUUGCAGGGGCAAAGUUUCGUGUCCCUCGUUUUUACCAACAUUGCGUUGCGUUGA